UUAUGGGAAACAACACGCACUGCAGCAGCUGUAGCUACUAAGCGCCAGUGAUUAGACUGUUAAUUCUUACUGAAAUCGAGCUGGGCGAGAGCCGUAGUAGGCUAUUUUGAAGAUAAGUAACAUUAAAUGAAACAUAUCAGAUUGUUUUUCUGUGUGCCUAUGAAUAGCGUCGCGCGGGUCUUUACAAACCUGCUGAAGUCGGAUACCCACAAAGUCCACUCGUCAAUCCUACCAUAAUGUUAUUUUAACCUGGGAUGAGUAACCUUUUCUAUUUUUUUUAAAGUGAAGUUUUAAAUUAAGCUGUAUUUUUGCUCGACGCCAACAUGACUGCACGCAUGGAUCCCCCAGUUAAUAAAACUAAUCCAGCUGCGGAUCCCAGGAAAAUGAGGAGGAUAAUUGCGGAGGAUCCUGAGUGGUCGCUUGCUGUUGUUCCUCUUUUGACAAACUUGUGUCUGCAACACAUUAUCAGUAACUUCGAAGCUAGCCCUAUGCUUGAUGAGCUCCUGCCCAGCCAUAAGACAUAUGUGUUGGAGAGACUGCCCCCAUCCUUACCACUGCACCUGACAGCCAACCUGAUCAGCGACGAAGGCUACUGGAAGAAAUGCUGCGUGGAGCGCUGGAGAGUCGGCGACGUCACCGAGUACGGGAGCAGCUGGAAGCGCAUGUUCUUCGAGCGGCACGUUGAGAACAUUAUCGAGCUCUUCAUUCCCGACGUGACAGAGGCCAAGGUGGUGCUUGACGUGAUCCCCCUGUGCAAGAACUACGUGAGGAGACUGGUCAUCUCCCAGCUCCUACCCCCCAUCCGGGAUCCACAGAAAGGCGAGGACGAUGACUCCUCGGACUCUGCCAGUGAUAUGGGCAGCGACGGGCCCUCUAUGGACCACUUUGACUUUGGCAUCCUCCUGCACAAGCUCAUCUACCUGGAGGAGUUGCACCUGUCCUAUGGGGUCAAAGGGUGCGGCAUGAACUUUGAGUGGAACCUUUUUGAGUUCACCUUCCGGGACUGCGAGUCGCUCGGGAAGGCACUCAAGGCCUGUAAAACCUUAAAAGUGCUUCGGAUCCACCAGAGCAAAGUGGACGAUGAGAAGUGUCGCCUGCUGGUCUCCUACCUCCUGGACCACCCGUCCCUGUUGGAGCUUAACCUCUCCCACAACCUGAUCGGCGACCGGGGAGCGCGGGCUGUCGGCAAGCUCCUCAACACCAGCCGCCUGCGCUCACUCAGCCUCUACGACAACCAGAUCCGCGGUGCAGGCGCCCAGGCCCUGGGCCACGCGCUGGCAAAGAACACCACGCUGCUCAGCCUCAACCUGCGGCUGAACCGGCUGGGGGACGAGGGCGGCCAAGCCAUUGCCCAGGCCCUGCUCAAGAACCAGACGCUACUCAGCCUGCACCUGGGCUCCAACCAGCUGAGCGAGCCCACCGCCAUGGCCCUCUCGCAGGCCCUGGCCAAGAACUCCACCCUGCGGAGUAUCAACCUGUCCUGCAACAAGCUCGGAGCGGCCCGGGCUGGUGCCUGCUGUGGUGAUCUUACAAGGACCGACUAUACCAACUCACAAGGCAAAAAUAUGAUUCAAGAUUCAAGAGUUUAUUGUCAUUCUCUCAAAAAGGACGGUGGCAAAGUUCUGGAGGAAGGCAUGUCUCACAACAGCAAGCUUGUGGACUGCGACAUCCGCCUCACCUACAUCGAGCAGGACAGCGAGGUGUGUAUCGGUCAGAUCCUGCGCACCAACCAGAGCAAGAGCCGCAGGAAACACACCACUCAAGACAUCCACAACAUCAAAUAAUAAAGCCCACAGCACCAGUUUCA